GGACGAGUCAGGACCAAGACAGUGAAGAAGGCCGCCAGGGUCAUCAUCGAGAGAUACUACACCCGCCUGGGCAGUGACUUCCACGUUAACAAGAGGAUGUGCGAGGAAGUCGCCAUCAUUCCCAGCAAGCCGCUGCGCAACAARAUCGCGGGGUAUGUGACGCACCUGAUGAAGCGCAUCCAGCGUGGUCCCGUCAGAGGAAUCUCCAUCAAGCUGCAGGAGGAGGAGAGGGAGAGGAGGGACAACUACGUGCCCGAGAUCUCUGCUCUGGACCAGGAGCCCAUCGAGGUGGAUCCUGACACAAAGGAAAUGCUGAAGAUGCUGGACUUUGGUGGCAUCUCCAAACUUCAGGUGGUUCAGCCAGCCGUUGGAAUGAACUUCAAAACACCACGAGGACAAUAAGAUGUUCAACUACCACAAUAAAGUUGUAAUUAUSAAGCACA